AUUGAGCGGCACCGUGCAUCUUCACAGCCCCAUGGCCAGCGAGUGAUCGGCUCUGUGCGGCUCUCUAACAGGGUCAAAAGGGGCGCCCUGACAACCCGCCAGCUGUGGACUAGCGAAGCGGCAGAGAUGGAGGAUGGCUGUGUGGAGGGGAAAGGGCCACUGGCGGCCAGAGAUGGGCCCAGCGGUCAUAGCCUGCAACACGACACCACCACCACCAACCUCCUUGCUUCUGUCAAGGAGCAGGAGCUCCAGUUCGAGCGUUUGACGAGGGAGUUGGAGGAGGAAAGACAGAUAGUCGCCAGCCAACUGGAGAGAUGCAUGCUGGGAGCUGAGUCACCUGACGCGGACAGCACCAGCUCGUCGGAGAAGUCGUUUGCUUGGAGAUCUGCAGAUGCCUCGGCUCUGGGGGAGCCAAGAGGAGGAAAUGGAGGAGGCGUGUUCGAGACCCCCGUGCCACCGGUCCGCCUCUACCAGGGCGAGGAGGUGCUCCGGCGGCUGGAACCGGAGCGUGUGUCCUUGCACGACAGUGAGGGCUCCCCGGGCCACUCUGCCCAGAUGACCUCGUACUCCGACAGCGGCUACCAGGACAGCAGCGUGGGUUACUAUAGCAACCAGAACGUGGUGCGCUCGGAGCCCCGCGGCACCCUAUCCCGGAGCCCGAGGGCCGAGGGCCAGGCGUCGGGACAGCCUUCAGGUCGGGUGCUGAGGAGAAUGGGCUCCCUGCCCUCCAGGAGCCAGUCGCCGGGGGCCGGCGCCACCGCCUCCCCCUCCCACGUCUCCAUGCGCACCUCCCAGGGCAGUGCGUACGGCUCCCCGGUCCUCUCCGAGCCCAAGCCCCUGGCCUCCCUCUUCCCCGGCACCAGCAUGCCCCCCUCAUCACCCCCCUCCCCCAUGGCCGCGUCCGGUGCCCCGGGGCUGGGCGGCGUGGUGGGGGGGCGCCUCGGCUCCACCCUCUCCUUGGUGGAGGGGCGGGGCCUGGCCGGCUCCCCCCCGGCGCGGGCGAGUGGGAUGGCGGCGGUGCCGCAGCACUACGGCGCCACGCUGCCGCGGCAGAGCCAGCCGCUGGCGUACGGGGCAGACCCCUACGGGCUGUACCAGAGGAGCGCCCUGCCCCGCCCCGACAGCCUCAUAGGUCUCCACAGCUCCUACGCUGCCCACCAGCUGGACCCCGAGCUGCGGGCCGCCCUCUCCCCCGACUGUCACAUGACCCCGGUGUUUGACGACCGCUCCUUCCACAGCCCGCUCUACCACAGCCCCUCCCACGACGACCCCGGGACGCUCUACAGGACCAGCACCGGUGUGGAGACGCUCACGCGUGCGGCUAGCCACUGCGGCACGCUGCCCUACCAGCGGAGCAGCUACGGCCUGGGCUCCGCCCCCCUGUACACUGACUCUUACAGGGUCUCCCAGCAGGGGUUGGACGCAGAAACCCUCUUCUCGAGACACUCUGGACUGGGGGACCGGACCCCGUCCAUCGACAGCAUGCACAAAGAUCCAAGGGAGUUUGCGUGGCGCGACCCCGAGCUCCCGGAGGUGAUCCACAUGCUGCAGCACCACUUCCCCUCGGUCCAGGCCAACGCCGCCGCCUACCUGCAGCACCUGUGCUACGGGGACAACCGGACCAAACUGGAGGUGCGUCACCUGGGCGGGAUCCAGCUGCUCCUGGACCUGCUGGACCACAAGGUGUGCGAGGUGCAGAAGAGCGCCUGCGGGGCCCUCAGGAACCUGGUGUACGGCAAAGCCACCGACGACAACAAGGUCACCCUGCGCAACUGCGGCGGCGUGCCCGCCCUGCUGCGACUCCUCCGCAAGACCACCGACAACGACGUCCGCGAGCUGGUCACUGGCGUGCUGUGGAACCUGUCGUCGUGCGACGCAGUCAAGAUGACCAUCGUGCGCGACGCACUGAGCAUGCUCACCAACACCGUGGUCAUCCCCCACUCCGGCUGGAGCAGCGGCGCCGUCCCGCAGCGUGACCACUCCUCCCACAAGCUCCACGCCUCCCUGCUGCUCCGCAACUCCACCGGCUGCCUCAGGAACCUGAGCUCUGCAGGGGAGGAGGCCCGGAGCCAGCUGAGGUGCUGCGAGGGACUGGUGGACUCCCUGCUCUACGUCCUCAAGUCCUGCGUCAACACUGCAGACUACGACAGCAAGAUCGUGGAGAACAGCGUGUGCACGCUGCGGAACCUCUCGUACCGGCUCGAGGUGGAGAUGCCCUCGUCCCGUCUCCUAGGCAACCCGGAGCUGGACGCCCUGCUGGGGUUCUCCUCCCCGGCCCGGGAGCUGGAUUACCUCUGCCUGGGCAAGAGGAGGCGCAGCGGCAGCGGCAGCAAGAGAAGGAGCGGCUGGACCGACGACAAGUGGGACGGUGUGGGCGUGUCCCAGACCCUGCGGGGGGCAGAGCUCCUGUGGCACCCCACGGUGGUCCGGCCCUACCUCAACCUGCUGGCCGAGAGCUCCAACCCCGCCACCCUGGAGGGCGCCGCCGGCUCCCUGCAGAACCUGUCCGCAGGGAACUGGAAGUUCUCCUCCUACAUCCGAGCGGGGGUGCGUAAGGAGAAGGGCCUGCCCAUCCUGGUGGAGCUGCUGAGGAUGGACGCUGACCGGGUGGUCUGCUCUGUGGCCACCGCCCUCAGGAACAUGGCCCUGGACAGCAGGAACAAGGAGCUCAUAGGGAAGUACGCGAUGCAGGACCUGGUGAGCCGGCUGCCCGGCUCCUCUUCUACCGGCGGGGUGGCGCCGCUGUCGGACGACACGGUGGCGUCGGUGUGCUGCACGCUGCACGAGGUCACCAGCCGCAACGUGGAGAACGCCCGCGCCCUGGCGCACAGCGGCGGCAUCCAGAAGCUGGUCAACAUCGGGAAGGGCCGCGGCAAGGGGUACUCCAUGAAGGUGGUGAAGGCGGCGUCCCAGGUGCUGAACACGCUGUGGCAGUACCGCGAGCUGAGGAGUCUCUACAAACAGGACGGCUGGAACUACACCCACUUCGUCACGCCCGUGUCCACGCUGGAGCGAGAGCGCUACCGCUCCCAGCCCGCCCUGCCCACCAGCCCCCUGCACAUGCCCCCCGUCAUCCAAUCAGGGGGGAGUGCCACGUCCUCUCCCGCCAUGCUGGGCAUCAGGAGACACAGCUCCAACAACCAGAGGAUGCAGUCGUCUAUGCAACUGGACUCCUACUACGGCGACAACAGUUUACACAAAUACCCGUACAACGGUUCUGAGAAGAACCAUCCGUAUUUCAUCGGGACGUAUUCCUCCCAGUCAGGGGAGGACCUGCGCAGGUCUCAGCACUCGGAGCCCUUCUACGACGAGCCCGACCGUAAGAACUACAACAGCUACCGGAUGUACCUGUCGUCCCCGGUGCAGGGCUACGGGGACGAGUCGUACGAGGACGAGCCGGCGGUGCUCACACCCCCGUCGCCCGACGGCUACCCAGGCCAGGCCCUGCGGCCCAAGGCCCACGCCACCAACUACGUGGACUUCUACUCCACCACGCGCAGGCCCUCCCAGGGCACCAACAAGUACACCGGCUCCCCUGACUCCUGGGUGUGAAGAGA